UGUGUGGUGGAGUGGUGGCAGCGGUGGCAGCGGUGAGGUUUGGUGGCAAGUCCACGGCGCCAGAGGGAGCAUUUGCCACCCUCGCCCCGGCGACUGAACCAGCACCAUGGCGGACUCCUCCUCCACCCCGCGCAUCCUCAUGGUCGAUCCUUCGCUGGCCUUCCGACCCGAGGAUGUCAUCAAGGAGUCCGGGUGGCAGUUCAGGAACUACGUGGAGGAUUCCGACGACCCUCAGCUGAAGCAGGUGAAGGAGACGUACCUCAAGAUGCACACUUACCAGACGGUGGAUUACGUCAAGAAGAAGCACGAGCACUGGCGGAAGUUCGACAAGUUCGAGGCGACCAUCCUGGAGGCGCUGCAGAAGCUGAACGCGCUGGUGGACGAGAGCGACCCCGACGUCUCGGUGCCCAACAUCGUGCACGCCUUCCAGACCGCCGAGCGCAUCCGCGCCGCCCACCCCGACAAGGACUGGCUGCAGCUCACGGGGCUCAUCCACGACCUGGGCAAGGUGAUGGCCUUCUACGGGGAGCCUCAGUUCUCCACCGUCGGCGACACCUUCGUGGUCGGGUGCGAGGUCGGGAAGUCCGUCGUCUACAGGGACACGACCUUCCACGACAACCCCGAUACCAAGAACCCCAAGUUUAACACCAAAUACGGCAUUUAUGAACCCAACUGUGGCCUCGAUAAAGUGUACUUGUCUUGGGGCCACGACGAGUACAUGUACCACGUCUUGAAGCACAAUAACUCCACGCUGCCUGAAGAAGGACUUUACAUGAUCAGGUACCACUCCUUCUACCCUUGGCACACGGGAGGCGACUACAUGCACCUGUGUGACAACCGCGACCUGGAGAUGCUUCCUUGGAUCAGGGAAUUCAACAAAUUCGACCUUUACACGAAGAAGGAGGAAGUGCCAGACAUCGAGGAACUUAAGCCUUACUACCAGUCUUUGAUCGACAAGUACUGUCCGGGAACACUUAAGUGGUAAAACUUAAGUAUAUAAUUAGGAUAAAGAACUCUCUCUCUCUUUCUUUCACAUUCUCUCUCUCUCUCUCUCUCUCU